AUGGAGGUAUUUGCUCCAGCAAAUUCGUCGACGGCGGCAGCCGUCACUUUCAUCACCUUCGUGCAAGACCUGAAAAAGAAAACCAAAACAUGGGGUUCCAUGAUAGAACUCUGCACCAAUGGAGAGAAGACAUUAGAACGGUUCAGAUAUCAGUUUCCUGAUGAUUGGCUUUACAGCGACCAACUUAGAGGAGAGUGGAGCGCAUACAACGAGAUAUUGAAGCGAAAGAAUGAUUCCAUACAGGAGCAGCUAGCUGGAUUGCAGCUGAAGAUUGUUGCCGAGGACAAGAUUGUCGAGAACAAGAUCAAUGACCUUCUGGUGGAAUGGGAGCAGACGCGGCCCGUGCAGGGUAAUAUGCGCGCCGAUACCGCCAUGAAUGCCAUCGGCGUCUUUGAGAAUAAACUAACUCGCGUUCAGGAGGAGUACGAUCUCGUUUGUAAGGCAAAGGAGGCACUGGACCUCGAGCUGACACGACACACGCGACUAGAGCCUGUUUUUGAGGAGUUACGUGAUCUCAAGGCAGUGUGGACAGCUUUGUCUGGUAUCUGGAAUCAAAUAUCUGAACUACGGGAUAUCGCUUGGGCUACCGUGCAGCCGCGCAAGUUACGGCAGCGUAUAGACGGACUCUUGUCUUCUACAAAGGAGAUGCCCACGAGGAUGAGGCAGUAUGCCGCUUUUGAAUACGUCCAGGAUGUUUUGAGGGGGUUGUUGAAAUCCAAUGCCAUCGUGUCAGAGCUCAAAUCAGAGGCGCUGAAGGAUAGGCAUUGGAAGCAGCUGUUCAAAGUGCUGAGGCUCCCAGCGCAGAUUAGCCUGACCUUGAUGACACUCGGUCAUGUUUACGAUUUGGACCUCAAAAAGAACGAAACGAUCAUUAAAGAGGUUAUCAUUCAGGCUCAAGGAGAGAUGGCUCUUGAAGAAUACAUCAAGCAAGUCAAGGAGAUAUGGACCAACUACACCCUUGACCUUGUCAAUUACCAGAACAAAUGCCGCUUGAUCAGGCAUGUGAAAGGAUGGGAUGACCUUUUUAAUAAGUGCAGCGAAAACUUAAGCUCCUUGACUGCAAUGAAGUUGUCCCCAUAUUAUAAAGUCUUUGAAGAGGAGGCCGGUUCUUGGGAGGAAAAGCUCAAUCGAAUUCAUGUUCUCUUCGAUGUCUGGAUUGACGUUCAGCGCCAAUGGGUUUAUCUUGAGGGUAUAUUUUCGGGCAGCGCCGACAUCAAGCACCUUCUUCCUGUCGAGAGCGCUCGGUUCCAGAAUAUCAACUCCGAGUUUCUCACCGUGAUGAAGAAGGUCUACAAGUCCCCUUUCGUCAUCGACGUCAUGAACAUUCAAGGCAUCCAGAAAAGUUUGGAACGUUUGGCAGACCUACUGAACAAGAUUCAGAAGGCUCUUGGAGAGUAUCUGGAACGGGAGCGUUCAUCAUUUCCCCGCUUCUACUUUGUUGGCGAUGAAGAUUUACUCGAGAUUAUUGGUAACAGCAAAGAUAUUCUUCGGAUCAUGAAACAUCUGAAGAAAAUGUUUGCCGGUAUCUCCACCAUCAAGCUUGACGAGGAGUUAAGUCAGAUACAAGGGAUGGCAUCUAGGGCGGGAGAGGAGGUCAUGUUCACGGAGCCAAUUUUAUUAGCUGACCAUCCCAAGAUCAACGAUUGGCUGGCAAGAAUUGAGACGAUGAUGAGGUUGUCACUUGCCAACCUACUCACGGAUGCCGUUAUAAAACUGCAAACGUUUUAUGGCUCUGGCUCCAAGUUAUUUAUGGAUCCACUGAUGGCCUGGAUGGAGAAGUAUCCUGCUCAACUUGUUACACUUGCAGUACAAGUUGUAUGGACAUCAUCUGUUGAAGACGCCUUGGAGUCGGGAGCUACCCCAGAUGCACCAUUGGACACUGUACACCAAGCAUUGGAUCUACUUGCUGACAUCGUUUUGCAGGAACUGAGUCCUGUCACUCGGCGAAAAUGUGAACAUCUCAUCACAGAGCUAGUGCACCAGCGAGAUGUCACGCGUUCGCUUAUCCAACAGAAUGUGCUCGAUCCUAAAGGUUUCACCUGGCUGUAUCAGAUGCGCUUUUACCUCGACAGGACAAUCGAGAACCCCUUGGAGAAGCUUUCCAUUAAGGCCGCUGAUGCUUCUUUCCCUUAUGGAUGGGAGUACCUUGGUGUUCCUGAUCGACUUGUUCAAACACCACUUACCGAUCGCGUCUACCUCACCCUGACACAGGCGCUAUAUAACCAACUUGGCGGCGCUCCAUUCGGUCCCGCCGGCACAGGUAAAACAGAGUCUGUUAAAGCGUUGGGCGUGCAGCUGGGCCGCUUCGUGCUUGUCUUUUGUUGCGACGAGACUUUCGAUUUCCAGGCAAUGGGUCGUAUUUUUGUUGGACUGUGUCAAGUCGGUGCCUGGGGUUGCUUUGAUGAGUUCAAUCGUUUGGAAGAGCGAAUUCUUAGUGCAGUCUCGCAGCAAGUUCAAAGUAUCCAGCAAGGCUUGGUGUCUUUGGCCAAGAACCCAAACACAGAGAUAGAACUAGUUGGGAAAAACCUUAAGAUCAACAAGAAUAUCGGGAUCUUCAUCACGACCAAUCCCAACUAUGCUGGCCGUUCUCAGCUUCCUCCUAAUCUGACCAAACUCUUUCGACCAAUGGCAAUGACCCGGCCUGAUCGAGAGUUGAUCGCUCAAGUCAUGUUGUUUUCUCAAGGUUUCCGUACCGCGGAAUCGUUAGCGUCUAAAAUUGUGCCAUUCUUCAAUCUUUGUGACGAGCAGCUGUCUCCGCAACCUCACUAUGACUUCGGAUUGCGUGCGCUUAAAGCGGUCCUCGCUAGUGCGGGUAUCCUCAAACGAGAACGUCUGCAAUCAGUCCGAGCGUCUGAGGACGAUUCUGAGGCGGUCUGCCUCUCGGAUGCUAUCUCGGAGCAGAUCAUCUUAAUUCAGAGUGUCACAGAGACUAUAGUGCCUAAGCUGGUUGCUGAGGAUGUUCCCCUUCUUACCAACCUUUUGGCUGAUGUGUUCCCGGGUGUUGAUUACAUGCCUGUUGAUCUGGACGCAUUACGGGAACAGAUCAUAAAAGUUUGUUCUGAACGGCGACUGGUUGAUGGUGAUCUAUGGAUUUCUAAAAUUUUGCAACUCUAUCAAAUUCAAAAGAUUCAACAUGGACUGAUGAUGGUCGGGCCAUCUGGCAGUGGGAAAACCAAUGCUUGGCAAGUCUUACUCGCAGCUUUGGAGAGACUCGAUGGCAUCGAAGGAGUUUCUUAUGUCAUUGAUCCUAAAGCCAUGCAUAAGGAUACUCUGUACGGUACCUUAGAUGCGACUACUCGAGAGUGGAAUGAUGGCCUCUUUACCCACAUCCUUCGCAAGAUUGUGGACGAUGUGCGUGGGGAGAGUGGCAAGAGACAUUGGAUUAUCUUUGAUGGUGAUGUUGAUCCUGAAUGGGUGGAGAAUCUGAACAGUGUGCUCGACGAUAACAAACUGCUUACGUUGCCGAACGGAGAGCGGCUCAAUCUACCCCCGAACGUGAGAAUCAUGUUCGAAGUGGAGCACCUCAAAUAUGCGACACUCGCUACAGUCAGCCGUUGCGGUAUGAUUUGGUUCUCAGGGGAUGUCGUAGAACCUUCUAUGGUCUAUCGUCAUUAUCUUACCACGCUGUCGUCUGUUGCUCUUGACGCCGAUGACGAUGAGGCUGGCGAUUUACUUGCACGACGCAGUGAGAUUCCAGUAUCUGACAAUGCCGCUACUGCGAAUUUGGUUACACAAAAGCAGGUUGCCUCUAUUUUGGAGCGCUAUUUCGCCGAAGGGGAUCUCGUCAGUUCAGCACUCAAAUUCGCCGAAUCUAUCGAGCAUAUCAUGGACUAUACGGUCACUCGUGCUCUCAACACUCUUUUUUCUCUUCUCAACAAGACUGUCCGAAACAUCAUCGAGUACAACUUCCAGCAUUCUGACUUCCCCUUGUCUUUGGAACGUAUAGAGCAGUACGUUACAAAGCGCUUACUCGUCAGCAUCAUCUGGGCCUUCUCUGGGGAUGCGAAGUUAGAUCUACGCGCUGAAAUGGGCGAUUACCUCAGAAACCAGACCGGCAUCGAUCUACCUCCUCUUGGACCUGGUAGUUCUCUCAUAGACUUCGACGUCCAGGUGGCUAAUGGUGAAUGGGUUGCUUGGCAGUCUCGAGUCCCCGUUAUAGAAAUCGAGGCCCAUGCCGUAACCGCCUCCGAUCAGGUCGUCCCCACUAUGGACACCGUGCGCCAUGAAGAAGUGUUAUAUUCUUGGCUCUCAGAGCAUAAACCUCUAAUGCUUUGCGGACCUCCUGGAUCCGGAAAAACCAUGACCCUUUUCAGCGCCUUGAGGAAACUUCCCGACAUGGAAGUUGUAGGCCUGAACUUCUCCAGUGCAACGACCCCAGAGCUCAUCCUCAAAACGUUCGAGCAGUAUUGUGAGUAUCGCAAAACCCCCAAUGGGGUCAUUUUGGCACCUAUGCAGAUUGGUCGAUGGCUGGUUGUAUUCUGCGACGAAAUUAAUCUACCAGCAGCCGACAAGUACGGCACUCAACGUGUCAUCUCUUUCAUCCGUCAGCUGGUUGAAAGUGGGGGAUAUUGGCGUGCCAGUGAUAUGUGUUGGGUGAAACUCGAACGUAUCCAGUUUGUAGGAGCCUGCAAUCCUCCCACCGAUCCCGGACGUGUUCCCCUCAGUCACCGAUUCUUACGUCAUGCACCAUUAGUUAUGGUGGAUUAUCCUGGUGAAGUGUCCUUGAAACAAAUCUAUGGCACUUAUAACCGCGCUGCUCUGAAAGUUGUUCCCAACUUGCGCGCCUAUGCAGAUCCUCUUACCGAUGCCAUGGUUGCUUUCUAUUUGGCAUCUCAAAAACGAUUUACCACCGAUAUUCAAGCACACUAUGUGUACAGUCCACGGGAGCUGACACGAUGGGUACGAGGCAUGUACGAGGCAAUCCGACCGUUGGAAAUAUUGUCAGUCGAAGGGUUAGUGCGCGUAUGGGCCCAUGAAGCGUUACGGCUGUUUCAAGAUCGUCUAGUCACUGAAGAGGAGCGGCAAUGGACAGAUGAAAAUAUUGAUGCAGCUGCUAUGGAGCACUUCCCUACCAUCAAUCGCGAAGAAGCUCUGAGCCGACCAAUCCUCUUUUCGAAUUGGACCUCCAAGGAUUAUAUUCCCGUUGAUCGAGAUACACUCCGUGAAUAUACUAAAGCCCGCCUUAGAGUUUUCUAUGAAGAAGAGCUCGAUGUUCCUCUUGUCUUGUUCAACGACGUGUUGGAUCACGUUCUCCGUAUCGACCGAGUCUUCCGUCAAAUUCAAGGACAUCUUCUGCUCAUCGGAGUUAGCGGAAGUGGAAAGACCACAUUAUCGCGUUUUGUCGCUUGGAUGAAUGGACUGAGCAUCUUUCAAAUCAAGGUGUCUAACAAGUAUACGGGCGAUGACUUCGACGAAGAUCUUCGAGUCGUCCUCCGCCGGGCUGGAUGCAAAGGUGAAAAAAUCUGUUUUAUCAUGGACGAGUCCAACGUCUUGGACUCCGGGUUUUUGGAAAGGAUGAACACACUUCUAGCCAAUGCCGAAGUACCAGGUCUCUUCGAAGGUGACGAGCAUGCUGCUUUGAUGACUGCUUGCAAAGAAGGUUCCCAGCGCGAUGGCUUAAUGCUGGAUUCCCAUGAAGAAUUGUAUCGUUGGUUUACUCAGCAAGUUGCACGAAAUCUUCACGUCGUGUUUACCAUGAAUCCUCCCGAGAACGGUCUGGCGUCUAGAGCUGCCACAUCUCCCGCCCUAUUCAAUCGUUGCGUCCUGGACUGGUUCGGAGAUUGGUCAGAUCAGGCCUUCUAUCAAGUGGGUAUGGAGUUCACCCAUAACCUGGACCUCGAUCUUUCAACAUACGUACCUCCGGCUCAUUUCCCGAUCGCCUACCGCGGUCUCUCUAUGCCUCCAAUCCACCGCACCGCAGUUGUGAAUGCUUUGGUCCAUGUCCACUCUUCCCUACACCAGAUCAAUCAACGUUUGUCCCGCCGUCAAGGUCGAUACAAUUAUGUCACACCUCGUCAUUACCUCGAUUUCAUCAACCACUAUGUCCGUUUGUAUACCGAAAAGCGUGACGAGCUGGAGGAACAGCAGCGCCACCUUCACGUGGGUCUUGACAAGCUCAGAGAUACUGUAACCCAGGUCGAGGAGCUGCGCAAAAGUCUUGCCAUUAAGCGGUCGCAACUCGAGGCUAAGGAUGCGGAAGCUAAUGAAAAGCUUAAGCGUAUGGUAUCUGACCAGCAGGAAGCCGAGCAGAAGAAGGCCGCUUCCAUUGAAAUUCAAGCAGCUUUGGUCGAGCAGGAUAAGCACAUCGAGCAGCGCCGUGCCAUCGCAACGGCAGAUCUAGCUAAUGCAGAACCUGCGGUGCUUGAUGCACAAGCCGCUGUCAGUAAUAUCAAGCGACAGCAUCUGCAGGAAGUUCGAACCAUGGCUAAUCCACCGGAAGCCGUUAAAUUGGCGAUGGAGUCCGUUUGCACAAUUCUUGGUCACAGAAUUGACAGCUGGCGCACCGUGCAAGGAAUUAUCCGUCGGGACGACUUCAUCCAGCGCAUUGUCAACUUUGACACUACUACCCAGAUGACCAAGCAUCUUCGAGACAUCAUGAAGAGAGACUUCCUGAGUCGGCCUUCGUACAACUUCGAAACCGUGCAACGCGCCAGCAAAGCAUGUGGCCCUCUAGUCAAGUGGGCUUUGGCCCAGGUUCAUUUUUCUGAAAUUCUUGAUCGCGUCGAGCCACUCCGCAACGAGGUACAGUCGUUGGAGAAACAAGCAGAGACAACAAAAAAGCAGGCCGGUGCAAUCAUUCAAAUGAUUUCAGAGCUCGAGGCGAAGAUUGCACGAUACAAAGAGGAGUAUGCGUUGCUGAUCAGCGAGACACAGGCCAUAAAGUCAGAGAUGGAGCGGGUGCAAAGCAAGGUCGAUCGCAGUAUGAAGUUGUUGGAGAGUCUGUCAUCGGAACGUGGUCGAUGGGAAAGUGGCAGCCGUGCAUUCGAUGCCGAAAUGUCCACUAUUGUUGGCGAUGUUCUUCUGUCGGCCGGAUUUUUGGCUUAUGGAGGAUUUUUCGACCAACACUACCGUGAAGUCAUGUGGCAAGAGUGGUCUAACCACCUUUCCGAUGCUAACGUUAAGUUCAAACCAGAGCUGUCGCUCACAGAGUAUCUCUCCACUGCAGAUGACAGGUUGAGCUGGCAAUCGAGGUCACUGCCUGCGGACAAUCUCACUACGGAGAAUGCUGUCAUGUUGAAACGCUUCAACCGUUAUCCUUUGAUCAUAGAUCCUACGGGACAAGCAACGACUUUCCUUCUGAACGAGUACAAGGAACGGAAGAUCACCGUGACAAGUUUCUUGGACGAGGCAUUCCUCAAGGUCCUGGAGAGCGCCCUUCGAUUUGGAAACCCGCUUCUUAUACAGGAUGUGGAACACCUCGAUCCCAUCCUGAACGCUGUUCUCAACAAGGAAAUUAGGCGUACCGGAGGCCGAGUGCUCAUUCGUCUAGGAAGUCAGGACAUCGAUUUCUCGCCUUCAUUCACCAUGUUUCUUUCUACGCGAGAUCCCUCUGUCGAAUUUUCUCCCGAUAUCUGUAGCCGUGUCACAUUUGUCAACUUCACCAUGACUCGUAGCAGUCUUCAAAGUCAAUCCUUGGAUCAAGUUCUCAAAGUGGAACGUCCCGACACGGAACGAAAGCGCACGGACUUGAUGAAGAUUCAAGGCGAAUUCCGUCUUCGACUUCGAACAUUGGAGAAAUUGCUUCUGCAAGCGCUGAACGAAUCAUCAGGAAACAUUCUUGAUGAUGACAAGGUCAUUGACACUUUGGAGACUUUAAAACGAGAAGCCGCCGAUAUUACCUCCAAGGUUGAAGAGACCGAUGUUGUCAUGAAGGAGGUAGAGGAAGUCACUGCCGAGUAUCUGCCCUUGGCGCAAGCUUGCAGUGCAGUUUUCUUUGUGUUGGAGCAGCUGAAUCUUGUCAACCACUUCUAUCAAUUCUCGCUGCGCUUCUUCCUUGAUAUCUUUGAUUACAUCCUUCACCACAACCCAAAUCUGAAGAGUGUGACGGAUCAUAGCCAGCGUCGAGAUAUUCUUCUGAACGAUCUUUUCCUAGUGGUAUACAAGAGGACCUCUCGGGCCCUUCUCUAUCGUGACCACGUCAUGCUUGCUGUCCUUUUGGCUCAAGUCAAGCUACGAGGUGUAGAAGAAAUCACAGACGAAAUGGAGUUCUUGUUGGAAAGUGCGGACAACGUUGUCCCUUCAGUCAACAGCAUAGCAGGCAUCACUCCUCCAAGUGCCAUCCUUUCUGCCGACCAAGCCUUGCGUUUGGAAACUUAUGCUAAACAGUCUAUCUUCAAGCCGGUCCAGAACCAUAUUAUCGAGCACGAAAGCAAUUGGUUGCCAUUCUUGCAGUCUCACCAUCCAGAGCAGUCCGUUCCUACUCCUUGGGAACCCAGCACGCCGGCUGUGGAAGCCAUUCGAUCCAUGCUGAUCAUCAAAUGUCUACGACCUGACCGUCUCUUGCAAGCAACUGCCCAAUUUGUCCGUCUUGUAUUCAACACCGAGUUAUCAUCUGUAUCUGAUUAUGACCUUGGAACCAUGGUUAAUGACGAAGUUCCAGCUGCGACGCCGCUGGCAUUGAUUUCUGUCCCCGGAUAUGAUGCCAGUUACCGAGUGGAGAACUUAAUAAAGAAUACGGGCGCUCGCUCUUCUUCUGUCGCAAUGGGCUCCCAAGAAGGUUUCGGCCUGGCAGAUCAAGCAAUUGCGGCGGCAGCCCGACAAGGUUCAUGGGUUCUCCUAAAGAACGUCCAUCUUGCUCCAUCGUGGCUGGGACAGUUGGAGAAGAAGUUGCAAACGCUGAAUCCGAACCGCAACUUCCGCCUUUUCCUCACAAUGGAAGCCAGUCCAUCUAUUCCAGUCAAUCUUCUGCGUCAAUCCCGUUUAAUUAUAAACGAGCCACCCCCGGGUAUCAAAGCCAAUCUCCUUGACUCUCUUCGCAGCAUAUCGUCCUCUCGUUUGUCUCACGGGCCUGCUGAAAAAAUUCGUCUCUAUUUCCUGUUGGCCUGGUUCCAUGCCAUUGUCCAAGAGCGUCUUCGCUACGUUCCUCUUGGUUGGAGUAAAUCCUACGACUUCAACGACUCCGAUAUGUCGUCGGCGUUCACUACGAUGGACACUUGGUUAUCCGGUGUCUCCAAGGGCCGUACAAACAUCGAUCCCGUUACAAUACCCUGGGAUGCUUUGCGCACACUGGUCAAACAGUCUGUGUAUGGCGGCCGAGUUGAUAGCGACUUCGACCAGAGAAUUCUGGAUUCAUUCGUUGACGGAUUAUUUACCCCAGCGGCGUAUAAUGUCAACUUUGAUUUGGUUCCAAGCGUAGGCGGCGGACAAGUUCUAGGUGUUCCUGAUGGCACUAAGAUGGAGCACUUCUUGUUGUGGGCGCAGGGCUUGCCUGACCGUGAACCUCCCUCUUGGCUUAGCCUUCCUCCAAGCGCAGAACGUGUGAUUGCUAUUGCCCAAGGAAACGAGUUGCUUGGCAAGCUGAGGAAGAUGCGAAUGCUAGCAGACGAUGAUGAUGAUGUUACCCUCGCUGCCUCAACCAAAUCUCAAACGUCCCAGCAACCAGCCUGGAUGCGGUCUCUUCUUGACCGCUGCCAAGAAUGGCUUUCUCAAGUGCCUUUUAAAUUCAAUAUUCUUCCUCAGCAAGGGAAUGACAGCCAGGACCCAUUGUAUCGUCUCUUCGCUAGAGAGGGCGAUAUUGGUCGCCGCCUACUCAUACAAGUUCGCAGGGAUCUUACAGAUGUGGUCAAAGUUUGUCAAGGAGAGUUGAAGCAAACCAACCACUUACGAAGCCUUAUGAGUUCUUUGACCAAAGGCAUCAUUCCCAAUCACUGGCGGCAGUACAAAGUGCCCAAGGCAAUGGUUGCCUCUGGAUGGAUUGCCAAUUUUUCUCGACGACUGAAUCAACUCGAUAGUAUCGUCGAGCUGCAGAACUUGAACGAUGUCGAAGUUUGGCUUGGCGGACUCUUCUUCCCCGAGGCAUAUGUUACGGCGACUCGGCAAGCUGUUGCACACCGGAAAAGAUGGAGUCUAGAAACCCUUACCUUGAGGCUCGAUAUUGAGAAAGUGAAUGACCCCGAAGCCUUCAUUGUUGACGGGCUUGCAUUGGAAGGUGCGUCGUGGGCGACCGACAAAUUGGUACUCAAUGAUGGCGAGAUUGUUCGGCUGAAUGCGUCGCAAAUUCGGUGGGUGCAGUCAGACGACUCAAGUAGACAGAACUUGGUCAAUCUACCGGUAUACCUAAAUGGUGACCGUAGCGACGUAAUGUUUACCGUCGACCUUCCAUUCGAUCCCAGCGCAGGCCCUCUCGUUUCCAUGAGGGCAGUAUGCCUCACGGCCAACGCUUAG